ACAAAACAACAUUUCUGAAAGCGUACGGCACACAUGGCACAACAGUUGGUAAAAGCAUUGAAGUAGUAAUUACAAUUAUUCAAAAUGGUUAAAACUAUUGACGAUAAAGAAAAGUACAUCUGCUACCCUGGACAACGGCUUUGUGCCAUGACGGAAUACACAGUUGGAGGAGAAGGCACUUACGAGAAACUCGGCUAUCUUCAUGCAAGUUUAUCGGGAGUCGUUCGUAUUCGCAAACAACACAAGAAUAACUAUAUAUCGGUGGCAUCAUUCGGCAGUAAAACAGUAGUGCCGGUGGUAGGCGAUGUUGUGACUGCUAAAAUUACAAUCAUAAAUCAACGAUUUGCAAAAUGCACUAUUAUUUGUAUUGGGAAAACCUGUCUCAAUAGACCGUAUAGAGGUAUUCUACGCAAGGAAGAUGUUCGAGCUACGGAAAAGGACAAAGUAGAAAUGUAUAAAUGCUUCCGACCGGGAGAUAUAAUUCUUGCACGAGUGCUUCCCCAAGUAGAACUGAACACGUACUGUUUAUCGACUGCUGAAAAUGAGCUGGGAGUUGCGGUGGCGAUGUCAACCAGGUGCUCGGAACCUACACCAAUGGUUCCUGUGGGUUGGACUGAGAUGCAAUGUCCUGUAACACUGGUCAAAGAACUGCGUAAGGUAGCUAAGAUUGUGCCUGAAACUGCACCACCGAAUUACGAUGGAAAAAUAUAAAUUCCUAAAAUAAGAA